AGUCAGAUUCACGUUACCCUACAGGCUUGAUUUCAGUAACCAAAUAUUUCAAGUGCGCGUUCUUUAGUUUAAUUUACAAAAUACUACUUAUUUAUUUUCUGUUUUAUUUGGCAACUAAGAAUUAGCGCUUUGGUAAUUGCAAAGGACCAAGAUUUCUCCAAAUUUUCAAAAAGAACGUGUUUUUUACACAUGACUCUUUUGAGCUUUACAGAAUUCUUUCGUGAUUGAUUCAAACUAUUUUUUAAUAAAAAAAGAUAAAAAACAAGGAUAGAGAUCUGAGUAUUGUCUGAGUUGAACCGUACAGCUAGAGAUUCUUCUGUCGAUCGUUGUUCAACGAACGUUUAGUCGCCUAUUAAUUUGCUCUUAUAAAGGAAAUCGCUUUAUUUCAUAUAAGCUAUGCCAGAUUCUCCAAAAAGUGAUCAGCCAUGUGUAUCUUGGAAAUUGUCACCAAUGAAAAGUAAAUCGUUGUCUAAUGAGCAAAUCUCACAGCUAUUUACCAAAUCUUCAGGAGAGCCAAGUCCAGCUAUAAACGAUCCUGUUGUCAACUUGUGGGAUCGGCUGCAGCAAAAUCAAGUCGUAUACCGGUCUGUGUCUAUGCCUUCAAGUACAACCAAUAAGUCUAUUGAUAGAGAUAACUCAAGGAAUACUUUAAAGCGUUCAAGGACUUUGGAGUUGAACUCGAACGAAAUUCCGGAGCCAAAGAAUAAGCUUUCUCGUGUAUCUAAUUUGUUAAGCUUACUACGAUCUACAAUAGAUCGAAGAGAAGAACAGAGAAAGAAAAACAUAAGACAAAAAAGUAUUCAGGCUGAUGUUAAUGACCAAGUUUCUAAUGAGGAAGAGACUUCGGAUACCGACCGAGAGUCAAGCAGUUCGCAAGAUUCAGUUUCAGAGAACAUUCAUACUCAACAGACCUUAGACGAGGAGGAGCCAGAUGAGUCCGCGACUACUUGUACGUUAAAUGAUGAUGAUGAUGAUGAUGAUGGAGACGAUUUUUUUGUUGAUGAUGACGAUUUACAAAGGCUACAGGACAUAGAAAAUAACUGGGUAACUUCACAACAUGCACCAAGUACCCAAGACGAACGAGAAAACAAAAUAAUAUCAUAGACCCUAGUUAAUUAUCAAUCAGUCUACUGCAUAUAGCAAGCGACAUAGCGAUGAACUGAGACAAAAUUGUUAUUAAAUGGGAAUUUUAUAAUUUGUUUAGAAUAACUAAUCUAAAAUACUGUGAUGGACUUCUCUACUAUGCAUUCCUAUGUGGAUGUUGAAUUAUGUUGGUGAUUUUUUGUUAUGUUGAAUAUCGCCAACAAUGCUAGUUAUCAUCUAUAUGCCUAGACCUUAUCCUUCCUAAGUUUUUCCAGGUUUUAAAAUAUCGCUUUUCUAGCCGUUGUCGUUCUGCCUCCAUAACAAUCAUUCUAUAUAAGUGACUUGUAAUAUGCCAGGAUUUAGACGCCUGUUGGUAAGAUUUUUCAAGCUUUUUUCCAAUCUCCCGGACAUUCUCUAUGAGUGAUUCUGCAAAUCCUAUGUCUUCAUUCGUAUAUGGUUUUAAAAACUCAUCCUCUAAGGAUGCAUGAUAGACCAUAUGAUUCAUUGCUUGGAUAAGUCGGUGUCUAUGCUCUUUGGUUUCGAUUCGUUUUUUCAACAUCAUACUUAUGCGCUCACUUUGCUUCCAAUAUUUUGGCCGCAAAAAAGUAUCUCCUCCGGUAGUCAUUACAAAAUGGUAAAGAAUGUUCCCAUCACGGAUAUAAUCUUGGAUAGAAACUGGCUUUUUUGGUUUUGGUAAAUUUGAAGCUAAACGCUGUUCUCGUUUCAUGGGAACUUCUUGUCUUUUUUGAUAUAAGUAGGAUUUAUAUUUUUUCAUUAUUUCCUGUCUUAUUUGUUUCGCAGGCAUUUGACCUCGAUUGGCCUGUUCAAGUCGUUCACGAUACUAUUUCGAUGUCAGCAAUUUCGGGCUUCUUUUUUCAUACCUUUUUAGCAUUUUGUAAAAGUGAUUCGGCUUUAUAUGCAUUUGUUAUUUUCUGAUAAUGGCGGGUCCUUGUUCGCACUAUUUCUAAUAGAACAGACCGGUAUUCGGGCUCUACGAAUUGGUUACAGCAUUUUAACAAUCCUCUGUAAACAUCCAAGCAUUCCGAUUUAUAAGUAAUUGGUAGUUUUUUCCUCCAUGCCGCACUCAUAAUGAAAAGGGUCAAAAUAUUGCACACGAGAAUGAUUGUUUUAGUUCCUUCACUUUUUAUCAAUCUUAACUUAUUUCCCUUUAAUUAACUAUACUAACAUCGAAAGGAUUCUUCGUUUUACGUUCAUGUCUUUCAGUAGGAUUUACUAGGUAUUUUUAGUAUGCUAGACUGUGCUCCAAUGUUAGGAAUGUCAGAAUUCCUGCCCUUUAAAACUGUAAAUAGGAAAGUUGAUUUACUUAGAUCUUGACCAACGAUUAAGACAGUGAAUACUAUUAUAUUUAUAAAUAAAAAAAGAUUACGAAAUGAG